AUGGAGUCUCUGCCGCACUAUCACACAGCCCACAGCGCCUCCAGGGAGGGUAAGUUCAACCCGGCCAUGGGGAAACUCCAGCGACAACUGUGCAAGGGAGAAUAUGACCUAUUCAAGGAUGCACCCAUGUUCGAAUGUGACUUUGUGCAGGUCACAAAAAGGGGAGAAGUCGUCCACGUGGACAACAGAGUUAGAAUGGUGACGGUGGGCAUCACAUCCACCAGCCCCUUCCUCCCGCUCCCAGAUGUCCUGCUGCUGGCCCGCCCCGCCACCGGCUGUGAAGAGUACUCCGACCAGGGCCAGGCCACCAAGGGAAAAGGCCGCAAGGCUUCCACGACCAUGGAGCUCACCAGGCUCCUUCCCUUGAAGUUGGUGCGGAUAUACGUUCAAGACCGUGAGAAACAAAGGCUGCGCCUCAAGUUCCCCACUGGCCGCUCCUGCUACCUGCAGCUGAGCCCCCCUCUGGAUGCAGAGGAAGACCUCUUCUCCUGCUGGGAAAAGCUCAUUUCCCUCCUGCGGCCGCCCGUGGACAGUCCCAGCAGAACCGACGCCAUUCCAGCGGAGGACAUGUUAGCCAUGCCCGUGAUUGAAGAGGACCGAAGGAACCCAGCAGGGGCAGAUUUCCAAGGAAAAGCGGAUCAGGACCAGGUCAGUGUCAGGAGCCUCCACGAGGGCUCUGAGGUGGCCGGGGCCACCUCCGCAGCUUUUGCUGGCGGGGAGGAGACCUUUCAGGACCCCCCGAAGCCCAACAGCGUGCCCACUGUAGCUGCCCCAAACUGCCCGGGGCUCUACAGGGAGUCGGCGGCAGGGACAGCAGCAGAGUUCGCAGCGGGGGAGGCCGGCAUAUGCCUGGCGUCCGCCGGGCCCCGAGCUGCCGCCAAGCCUGCGGGAGAAGCCGCUCCGGACGGGUCGGAAGGCCAGCUCCUCUCGGACGCGCCGAGCUCGGCGGGCAGUGGGGAGCCGGCGGCAAGGCGGCCCCGCAAGCGCCGGAGGGAGCGGAGGGAGCGCCGGGAGGAGGAGCGAGCCCCCCGCAGUUCCCGCCACCGCAUGGACGCCGAGAACCGCCACAAGGCCCCGGGGAACAAGAUCACCCCGACCGGCUCCAGCCGCUCCUCAGGCGGCCACAGAGCCGCGCGGGAGGACAAGAAGGACAAGGGCCGCAGCAGCCCCGCGCGCGGCAGGCGCGCCCCCGACGGACGCAUCAGCCACGCCCCCGUCGCCGAGGAGUCCGGGACCUCCCACAGGUCGGGGCGGAGCCUCUCGGCGGGCAGCGCGGGCUCCGGCACCACGAUGCUCGGCAGGAUCCGCGGGUUCCUGAGGAACCUGAGAGCCAGCCUCACUGCCUGAAGCGCGGCCUGGCCGCGCCGCAGAGACGUGGACAUGUUGGCGAAGACCGCGGACAGGAGCGGUGUGGAGGCCAUCGCCGAGGCGGCGGCGAGCAGCCACGGCUUUUGGAGCGCGCGGGGAGCGGGACGUCUGAGGUCAUGGAGACAGUGA